GGGUAAUCAGUGUGAACAGAGAGCGUUCCCCGAAUGAGUCCCGGUAGCCUCAUGGACGCCUUCUGACAUGACCAGCAGACAGCAUCCCUUCCAAAGCUGCUCCAGGUUUGAACCCUGCUUCUAAAGUGCCAUGUCCUGCAAAGAAAGUCCUCCCGUGGCUGUUUCCACCACCACUGUCAGCUCUGUAGCUGUGCAAGCUGGGGACUCUAAGAUUGUGAUAGCCGUUGUCAAGUGUGGCAAAUGGGUAAGACUCCAACUGGCUGAAUCGAAGCCCAAUCUCCUGGAAAUUGGGAGCAGUCAAGAUGAAACCAAAAAACUGCUUCAUGAUCAUGAGCUUCUUCUGGCCAAGCUUAAGGCCUUGGAAGGUCGUGUGUGGGAGCUCUUACAGGAAGCAGACAGGACAGCCGAAGCAAACAAGGCUCAAAGUCAGGUGUAUGAUGCCAUGGCCCAGACUCUGGGUGAAGCAUGGGCAACCCUGGUCUCCAUGCUUGAAAGAAGAAGGGAGCUCCUUGGGCUGACGUCUGAGUUUUUUCAAAGUGCUUUGGAGUUUGCUAUAAAAAUAGACCAAGUUGAAGAUUUUCUGCAGAAUCCUCAUGAGUUUGAGAGUGCUGAAGCCUUACAAUCACUUCUUCUGCUUCAUGACCGACAUGCCAAAGAACUCUUAGAAAGAUCUCUAGUCCUUUUAAACAAAAGUCAACAACUGGCUGACUUCAUAGAAAAAUUCAAGUGUGAAGGAUCUACUGUGAAUUCUGAGCUGAUCCAGGGAGCUCAGAGCAGCUGUCUGAAGAUUGACAGCCUCCUUGAACUUCUGCAAGACAGGAGAAGGCAGCUGGACAAGUACUUGCAGCAACAGCGGCAGGAAUUAUCUCAGGUUCUGCAGUUGUAUCUGUGGGACCAACAAGAAAACCAGGUUUCUUGUUGGUUUCAGAAAACAAUAAGAGAUCUGCAGGAACAGAGUCUGGGUUCAUCACUUUCAGACAACAAAGAGCUAAUCUGCAAGCAUGAGGACCUGACAAUCAAAGCAAAGGAAUGGGAUUUGGCCGUAGAGAAGCUGAAGAGCCAGGCUCUGGGGAUUCUACUGUCAAAGGACUUGGCAGAAAAGGAACAUCUACAGCUCUCUAACCAGAAACUGAACCGGCUUCAGGAAGAGUUUGGACGACUCAUGGUGGAACGGAAAGCCUGGCUAACAACGGCAAAUGACUUUUUUACCAGUGCUCACGAGGCAUUUGAUGUACUUGGAAAAGUUGAAGCUUACCUUAAGCUCCUUAAAUCAGAGGGUUUAAGCCUGCCUGUCUUGGCGGCAAAGCAUGAGGAAUUACACAGAGAAAUUAAAGACGCUACAGCUGCUGCUCUGCAAAAGGGACGGACCUUAAUCAGCCAAAUGGACUCCUGCCGCUCUCGGGUGACAGGAAUCCACGAGAUGAUGGGAUGCAUUCAGAAGCGAGUGGAUUCUCUCACUGAACAGUGUACAGCGCACGAGGAAUUUGCCCUUAAGAAACAGCAAUUAGCAACGUCAGUGGACGGCUACCUAAGGAAGGUGGAAAUGUCAAUUCAGGAAAUCAGGCCGGUUCUUGCUACCACAUUGAAUGUCAGUUCCAGCCCUUCUGAAUCAGAGAAGAUUUUAAAUAAAUAUCUGGAAUUGGAUAACCAAGCCAAGGAGACAGCACAUGCAUUAGAAGCAGCUGCAAAAAUCAUGACAGAGAAAAAUGAACUUGAACUCAAUGAAGUGGUAUUGCUUCCUCUUAAAGUGAAAUGGCUAGAAGCAGAAUUAAAUGCUCUUACUCGAAGCAUCAGCUACAGGUCACGAGUCCUGCAGACUUACGUGGCAUUUCGAAAGUCAUCCGAAGAGGUAGAAGAGCAGCUUCAGAGCCUAAAGGAAUUUUAUCUGACCGAAAUCCCUUGGAAAGAGGAAGACGAUGCUGCAGUCGAGUGCCGGUCUAACUCUGCUGAGAGAAAAUGGCAGCUAUUUUUAAAGAAGAGUUUUUUGACCCAGGACUUGAGCCUCGAGUUCCUGAACUUAAUAAACAUGGCAAAAGAGAACGAGAUAUUAAACGUUAAAAAUGAAAUGCACAUUAUGGAGAACAUUAUGGAAAAGCAAACAACCAGAAGGGAAGAACUCAGCCAUCUCCGAAUGGCGUGGUACCUCAAAGCCAUCGAAGGCAAGCCUGUGAGAGAGCAGUGGGAAAUGUUCAAAGAGAAACUUAAAAAGACUACUCACAAUGUAAAACUUCUCCAUGAGGUUCUGAUGCCUGUCUCUGCACUUGACCUUGGAGGGAGCCUCCAGAACAUGUCAGAUCUGCGAAGGAGGUGGAUCGCAAUGAAGCCUCAGCUCCAGCAACUGCAUGAGGAUGUUCAGCAAAUCAUGAAAGAGUGGGAAGUGUUCUGUGGUCAGGGAGCCCCUUUGAAGGACAAGGCUGAACAGCUGAAGGAUCUAAUCCAUCUCCAUCAGAGGCAGCGAGAGCGAAUCCAGGAAUAUGAGGAAGUCCUGUACAAGACAGUCCAGUUUCACCAGGUCAAGGAAGAACUGACUCAUCUCAUCAAACCAAGAGAACUGGAGCUUCUAGCACAGCCCAUGGAACUGGGAAGUUCUGAGGAGGUCCAGAUGCAACUGGGCUGUUCUCAAGAAAGGCGGGCACAUGUAGACCAUCUUCAUCGGCUGGCCCUGUCCUUAGGAGUGGACAUCAUUUCAUCCGUACAACGACCUAAUUGCUCUAAUGUUUCUGCAAAGAACCUGCAGCAGCAGCUGGAGGCCCUUGAACUGGAUAGCAGGAAUUGGAGUGCCAAAGCCAAAGAAUACGAACGGCUCCUGUCCUGCAGCUUGGAGUACUGCACGGCACGAGAUGAGAUCAAUGAGCUCAAAGAGUCGUUCAAAGAUAUAAAAAAGAAAUUCAACAAUCUGAAAUUUAAUUAUUCCAAGAAAAAUGAAAGAUCUCGAAACUUAAAGACUCUUCAAUAUCAAAUCCAACAAGUGGAAACAUAUGCUGAAAAAAUUCAGGUUUUAAAGAAGAAAAUGGAAAAAGUUAAUAAUAAGGCAUCUGAUUCAUUCUUAAGUUAUCCAACUAAUAAAGCUAACAUCCUUGUGGAAGCCAUGGAGGAUUUGAAAAAGCACAUGGAUGACUUUGACAAAGUUGUUACAGAUUACAAGAUGAAUUUGGACCUGACUGAGCAGCUCCAGGAAGUAAUAGAAGAGUGUAACUUUUGGUAUGAAGAUGCAAGUGCCACAGUUGUAAGAGUUGGAAAGUAUUCCAUGGAGUGCCAAACAAGGGAAGCUGUGGACAUCCUCCACAGGCAGUUCAAUAAGUUUAUUACUCCCUCAGUGCCCCAGCAAGAAGAAAGGAUUCAGGAGGUCAUAGACCUUGCUCAGCGCUUAUAUGGUUUGGAAGAGGGGCAGAAAUAUGCUGAGAAGAUUGUCACAAGACACAAGGAGAUUCUUGAAUCUAUUACUGAAUUAUGUGCAUCUCUUGUGGAACUUAAAGACAAACUGAUGCAGGGAGAUGUUCCGAAGAUGAAUUCAGAUUUGGAAGAUUUCCAUGACAAUUGCAUUGAUCUGCUAAAGGAGCCAGGGAAGGAUGAGCAGACAACAUUCAGUGAAGAAAGGAAUGAGGGGCAGAUACAGGGAGCAGAUGUGUUGGCCAUCAAUGGAACAAGAGAAGAUAGACUUCCCAAGGACUUGAGGCAGUCCUCAUCUAACAAAGAGGACAGUGCCCAGGAUGUGAUCCUUCCAGAAGACAUGUUAUCUGGAGAAGAAUCUGAGUGUAUCUCAUCCGAUGACAUCUCUUUGCCUCCACUGCCAGUGAGCCCAGAGUCCCCUCUGGCACCAUCAGACAUGGAGGUAGAAGAACCUGCCAAUUCUUCAGCCCUCACCCUGCAUCUCAGCAGCUACAGGAUGCAUACAGGGACAGGUGGUCUAGGGAAGGCCCAGGAGUCUGUUCUUCCCCCACCUACUGCUUUUGUUGAUGGGUGCCAUAAUAAGAAAGACACAUUUACAAGUCAUUUUGAGAGGCCCUAUCCACAGUCCAAAGCUGAAUCCUCAUUAACCUCCAGAGGGUCAGUAGAGAUGAGUACCAAGUUGCACAUCAAUGUGAAAUGUCCAGCGCGCAUGUCCCAUGAAGUGCACGGCAAAGCUUUACAGCAAAGCUCCCAGGCUCAGGAGAACUCGCUAGAAACGCAGGAGAAAAUGCAUGCUGAUUCUAACGUCACUAAAACCCAAGACAGGCUGCAUGCUGCCCUUGAUGUAUCCCCUGGCCUCAGCUCUCAAUCAGAUACCAGCAGGAGCCAUCAGAGGCAAGUGGGUCCCCAAGGAGACAGGAAAAACUCAUCUGCAGAAAACAGCGUGGUCAGCCUAGCUGGCCGGGCGCCUCAUUUCUCCAGGCUGCUGUCCAAUGUAACUGUCAUGGAAGGUUCCCCGGUGACUUUGGAAGUCGAAGUAACUGGAUUCCCAGAGCCUACACUGACAUGGUUCAAGAAGGGCCAGAAACUGUGUGCAGAUGGACACUUACAGGUUUUGCACAAGGACACAAAGCAUUCAGUGUUCAUUCCGAAGGUAUGUGAGGCAGACGCUGGCCUCUAUGUGGCUCAAGCCCAAAACUCUAGUGGCACCCUGUCUUCCAAAGCCAUCCUCCAUGUGACAGGUAACCAUGGGCCACCAAUUACGAGAAUAAACUGGAUUAUGGUGUGUAUCAUCUAUGUCAGUGUAUCAGUAAUAUACUGGCUUCUUACGCAAUAGUGACAUGUUGCUAUCAAUGGACAUUGUUAUAAGCCUAAAAGACAACAUGGUUGUUUUAUUUUCUCAUACC